UCAGUUCAGUACUAGUCGUUCUACGGACCAGAUAUCACCUUGUGAUCGUCCAAUAUUUUAUUCCUUAUUUUUUUUUUAUUUUAUAAAUGUCGCUUAAAUUCCUUUAGUGCUGUAACGAAAAAAAAAAUAUUUAAUUUAAUUUAAUUUUUUGAAAAAUAAUUAAGUUGCUCAAAAAUUAUUUAAAAAAAAAAUAAAUUCGGUUGUGAUAAAAAAAAAAAUUAAUUAAAAAUGUCAAAAAAGAAGGGAGGAAAUUACAAUUCCGUGGCGACAAACAACGACUUCCACGGAGUCUUCAAGCCAGAACCCGUGAGUUUCGGCCAAUUUCUCUUCAACUCAAAGGAAGGAACAAUUCUGGGAAGGUCACCUCUAAGUUGGACAAAAAUAAUAUUGUUCUUUACAAUAUUCUACUCGGUUCUAAUAGCAUUUUUCGCUGUUUGCAUGCACGUGUUCAUGAUGACAAUUGACGAAAAUGUUCCCAGCAGAAUAUUGGGCGAUUCAAUAAUUGGAACAAAUCCCGGCGUUGGAUUCAUUCCAAUUGACGAAGAUGACACUCAUGGCGCCUUGAUUUGGUUUGACACGAAAAAUAAGACGACUGGUCUAUUGUGGGCUAAGCGCAUUGACGAGAUGCUCAACGGGUACUACAACAAAUCAAAAUUACCUGAUGAAGGACGCAACCAAGUGGCAUGCGAUUUCGAAACACCUCGCAAAAAUAACAAAAACUGCCUUGUACCGAUCGAUGAGUGGAAUGAGUGCAAUAGAAAUAACUCUUAUGGAUAUUCGAAUGCUGCUCCUUGUAUUUUCUUGAAGCUAAACAGAAUUUACAACUGGGUACCUGACAUGUACAACGAUCCUACUGACCUUCCCGACGACAUGCCCGAGGAAUUAAAAUUGUACAUCGCCAAGUUGCCGGAAGCCGAACGGAAUCAAGUCUGGAUUACUUGCAAGGGCGAACAACCACUUGACGUUGAGAACAUUGGACCCAUUCAGUAUGUGAGCAGACGUGGAUUGCCUGCUUAUUAUUUCCCAUACGUCAAUACUCCGGGUUAUUUGAGUCCUCUGGUUGCUGUUCGAUUGGAACGUCCAAAAACUAACACAAUCAUCAACAUCGAAUGCCGUGCCUGGGCCAAAAACAUCAUCUACCACGGCGGAAAUCGCGAUCGAUCUGGUUCCGUUCAUCUUGAAAUGCUCAUCGACUAGAAAAACUGCCUUCUAGCAUAAAUAAAAUAAUUUCAGUAUAUGGAAAAAAAAUUUAGUCAAUAAUAAUUAUUGUUAUCCAUAUUUUGUUUUUAGACAGAAUGUAUACUUUACGAUAGAUUUCAACACAUAAUCUUGGUCAAGACCCUCAAUCCAGAAAUCAAAGAGCAAACAAACUUAACACACAUAACGUAACUUAAUAUAAUCAGUACUUAAGAAAAGAGACAAUGUGAAAGCUGUAGUGAUAACAAAAUUUUAUUAAUUUGUUUUAAGCAAUUUUAAUGAUUAGGUAAUAGCCGUUAACUAUUGUGCAAGAACAAUUUAGGUGCUUUACUGUUUGAUUUAUUUCGUUAUUCGUUACCUUGACGUCUUAAUUUAAAACUGCACGAACUUGAAAGUAUUAUCAGUUGAUUGAAACAAAAAAAGGUGCUUGAAAGUGCCUCUCAUUAAAUACUUGCUACCUAUAAAAUGUUGUUAGAUAAAAAAUAAAGAAAAAUUUAAAA